CCCAAAGUAGAGCAGAACAGGAAGAAACAGUUGAUCAGGACUGAUCAGAGGAGUAAUCGCUAUGUUUUUUCUCCAGCUGAUGUCGGGGUCUCUGCUCCUCCCCCUUGUGAUGAGUUCAGGCUUCGGGCACUCGAUGUCGGUGUUGUUCACCUACAUCUCAGGACCAAACCAGUUCCCAGAGUUCUCUGGGGUUCUGAUGGUGGAUGACAUCCAAGUGGGGUACUAUGACUUAGACAUAGACCAAAUCAUAAAGGUUGGUGCUGGAGGUGAGAAAGGGGCGGAGCUUGACCUGGGACAGUUAGCCUUGGAUGUGCUGCAGGAGAUUGUAAUGGAGAUGAGGAUGAGGUUGGACAUAGUCAGAAAACAGCUGAACCUGACCUCUCCAGGCGUCUACGUUCAACAGAGGAUGGUGGUUUGUGAGGUCCAGGACGACGGUCAGCCUGAUUUCAUCAUGGUCAGGAAUGUUGCAAAUGGUCAUGAUGGCGACAGCAUCCUUUACAACACGACUCACUUCCUCUACAGCGGUGGUGACGGUUGGGAUUUCCAGUGGGACACCAUGGAGCAGUUGUACGAGCAGAUGCUCUUCUCAAAGGUCUACCUGCCCUUAUGUGCCCGGACUAUGCAACACCUGCUGGAGAGUGAGAAGAACCGGGUGAUGCGUCGUGUUCGACCUCGACUACGCCUCCUAUCACAGCCGGGGGGGGGCGGGGCCCACAUCACCUGUCUGGCCACAGACUUCUACCCUCGCCACAUCAACCUGACGCUGCUGCGGGACGGUGAACCCGUGGACGAGGACCAAAUGACCGUUGGCUCAGUGCUGCCCAACGGCAACGGUCUCUACCAGCUGAGGAAGACGCUGAUGGUGGAUGAAGAGGAGCUGCAGAGGAAGCACAAGUACACCUGUGCAGCGUCUCACCUGAGUCUGGACAACCGGCUGGACGUGAGCUGGAGGGCGGAGUCUUUCCAUUCAUUCAGACUCCACGUCAUCUCCGCUCCCGUCGUCCUGCUGGUUGUCGUCAUCCUGCUGCUGGUGCUGGUGCUGAUGAUGAAGAUGAGGAAGAGGUCAGGUACAGAGGAAGCACUUCAUGAGGGAUCGGAGCCAGGGGUGGAGGACCGGGACGUGACAGCUCCACUGAAGCAGAUUUCAUCCAAAUAAACCCCAUCCCCAGUGCAGAAUUGUGAUAUUAAUCUCAUAAUGGAGACGCCAAAGACGGAUGAGAUUGUGAUGGAUAAUUUAGCAUUCACCACUUUAUUAAACCAAUACUGUGAGGAGCAAAUGUAGCCUUGAACAGAGUCUGCAGAUUCAUACUUUGUCCAUAAAAGAUUACUUCUGUUUUUCUGAAUUGUAAGAAUUAAUCAUUGUAAAAGGCCAUAAUGUGAGUUGUGUGUGAAUAUCCAAAAGGUAAAGUGGAAAAAAGAGAACAAAUUAAAAAGGUAAAUUCAAAGGGGCAAAUUUGUUCUGGAUUGUUGUAAAGCUUUCUUUUUGUUGUUUUGUUUGUGUUAUGGGAUUUAUUUUUUCUAUAAACGUAAACUGGCCCGGAAGGUAUGUGCGCACCGAGAGUUUAAGUGUUUCCUGCACAGGUGAGCUGUAGUUUACACACUCAUUAAGACUCAUAAGAAAUCAAGUCUUUCCAUGUUCAAUACAGGACUGUGGCCCAA